UAAAAAGGGAAAAAACAAAUAAAAAAGUGUGGCAACGAACGAAACAGAGAGAGGGAGGAGGAGAGGUAUAGACCAUACAAUACAGACUCUCACUAUAUCUAUCUCCAUCCUCUCUCUCUCUCUCUCUCACCCGUCAAUGGCUUCCUUUAGUUCCUUCCCAAUUCCAAAACAGAUGGUUGGUUCCUCAUCUACUUCUCGCCCACGUAUCUUGGUGCGAUCGAGUAUGCCAUCGUCGUCUAUGGCCUCUACCAAUAAUAUGCUGGUUUUUGUACCUCCGCAUCCUUUGAUCAAACAUUGGCUCUCUCUCUUCAGAUGUGACCAAACUCAUUUACCUAUUUUUGUUAGAAUUGCAUCGAGGUGGUCGUUCCUAUCCUCAAGUAAAGAGGAAAGCAGAUUCCACCAGGGAGAUCAUCCUCUAAAAGCAUGUGGAUGUGCUUCUGCAACUGCAGAAAAUGUCUAUGUAGAGCUCAAAGAUCCAAAGGAAAGCAUUGGCGUGGGUUUCGCUGGAGAACAAAUGUCUUCUUCAGAGAAAGCCUUUUUAUCUCGUAGCAUGUUGCAAUACAAUUUACUAGGGAAGAACCUUUUAGCACUAGAGCAAACUUUUGUGGCCUUGGAGUCGUUAAGAAUGGAAAGAGAUAUUAUGUUGCAAAUGAGGAAGUUGGGGGCUGCUGAGUUAUUCAAUACCUGUCUAUCUAGGUCCCGAGGUUCUUCAACCACUUCUUGCUUACCUGACACAGGAACACCAGAGUUGGUGGAUACUACAGAAGAACAUCAAACCUUUGUGCCUUCAAGAAGGAAGUUGAGAAAGAAAGCAAGAAGGUCGAGUUUGAUGACUGGAAACGGUGAUCAGAGUUCUUCAACUAUCAGUAUUGAUGUCCCUAAAGUGAGAAAACCAUCAAAAUAUAGAAAGAAGAGAGGGAGGAUAUCUAGAAACGAGGCUGAGAUGUCACAAGGAGUCAAGAUAGUGGCGGACAUGGAGAGGAUCAGAACGAAACUGGAAGAGGAAAGUGGGAAGGUAGCGAGUAUGAGCUCUUGGGCUGAAGCAGCAGGGAUGAACGAGAAACUUUUGAUGCGCAAUCUACAUUUCGGUUGGUACUGUAGAGAUGAACUGGUGAAAAGCACCCGGUCUUUGGUUCUCUUCCUCGCUAGAAACUAUCGUGGACUCGGGAUUGCUCAUGAAGAUUUGAUUCAGGCAGGGUAUGUGGGGGUAUUGCAAGGAGCAGAGAGGUUUGAUCACACAAGGGGUUACAAGUUUUCGACGUAUGUGCAGUAUUGGAUAAGGAAAUCGAUGUCCACGAUGGUGUCACGGCAUGCAAGAGGCGUCCAUAUUCCUGCGUCAAUAAUCCGAACAAUGAGUCAGAUACAAAAGGCUCGUAAGACCUUGAAAACGAGCCAGGGGAUAAAGUAUCCGGCUGAUGAGGAGCUUUCGAAACUAACAGGCUACUCGUUAAAGAAGAUUAGAGCAGCUAACCAAUGCCUAAAAGUGGUUGGUUCAAUCGACAAGAAAGUUGGGGAUUGCUUUACCACAAAGUUCCUGGAGUUUACACCAGACACGACGAUGGAGAGUCCAGAGGAAGCUGUGAUGAGGCAGAGCGCAAGGAGAGAAGUACAUAAUCUUUUAGAAGGGCUAGAGGCUAGAGAGAAGCAAGUGAUGGUUCUACGUUAUGGUCUUCAAGACUAUAGUCCCAAGUCCUUGGAAGAGAUUGGGAAGCUUCUUAGGGUUAGCAAAGAAGGGAUAAGGAAGAUCGAACGGAGAGCAAUGGCUAAACUCAGGGACCAACCCAAAGCAGACAACCUCAGAUAUUAUUUGAAUCAGUGAAAAAAUGAUAGAAUUUUUGGAACCAAUGGCUGGUGAUUUGUAAUAACAUUGGAGUCUCAUUGUGUGUAAAGUAUUGUACAUUUUAUAAUCAUAAAGAAAGUAGAGAUUUUACCCAAAGUAAAAAAUAUAACAGACAGUUACAAAUCUUGGGUUUUAUCCUGUAAAAGAGAUUGAUUUCAAACUUAA